AUGCCUGAAGGUACGAGAUACACCCAGCUCCAGGAAGGGCUUAAUGCUGUGAAGCAAACUACCACUGGCCUUGAAUCUGAACUGUUGGACUUGAAGAAAUGCUCAAAAUCUCAGUUUAAACAUAUGGAAACUGAGAUGGUUGCUUUUCGCAGGGAAAUCUUUAAUCAGCUGGCUGUUUUGACCCAGGAGCUGCAACAGAAAAAUCAGCAUAAAAAACAUGACGAAUCAGAAUCUUCUUCAGUCACUCACCCACACCAUGAACAUCACAAAGAAUCAUUUGGAGAAAUUGGCACCAGAUCUGUUAGAGUGGAUUUUCCCUGUUUCCAUGGGGAGGAUCCCAAUGGUUGGAUCUAUAAGGUAAACCAUUUUUUUUCCUUUCAUAACACCUUACCACAACACAAGGUGCACUUAGCAUCCUUCCAUAUGGAAGGGCAAGCAUUAGUGUGGUUCCAAAAUAUGGAAGAAAUGGGAGCAUUUCCAGAUUGGGACUCUUUUACGCGUGCUUUGUCAAUGCGUUUUGGCCCUAGUGUCUAUGAUGACCCCAUGGCUUCACUUGCCAAAUUACACCAAACGGGGUCAGUGGAGGAUUAUAAGGCCAGGUUUGAGAAUCUGUCCAAUCGGCUUAAGGGGUUGCCAGAAUCUGUCCAACUGAGUUGUUUCCUCAGUGGCCUUAAAGAGGAGAUUUGUGUCACAGUUACAAUGUUUAAUCCUACCAAUUUAAUAGCAGCUUACAACCUUGCUAGAUUACAAGAACAGAAUAUGGCCCUUGCUAGGAGGUACCACCGCACCCCCAUACUGCCCUCCAAUGAACCUGGAUUGUUGAAAACACCCCCUUCCGUUCACUUUGAGCCUCCAAAAGGGGCUGUUAAACCUCAACUUCCAGUACAUAAAAUUAAUCAGGCCCAAAUGAAAGACAGAAGGGAGAAGGGCUUGUGUUAUCACUGUGAUUCCAAGUGGGGUCCAGGCCAUAAGUGCCAAAAACCUAAGUUGUACAUCCUAGAAGAGGUGUGGGAAGACUCUUCUGACAAGACCAUUCGGGAUAAACCAGAGUUGGAACCAGCAGUAGCUACCUUGGCUCUAUCUACGGUGGAACCCAUUCCAGAAAUUUCUUUGCAUGCUAUCACGGGCUCCCUUAACCCACGCACUAUGAGGGUUAAAGGGAAGGUGGGAUCGCAAUGGGCUACCAUUUUAAUUGACACAGGUUGCACCCACAAUUUCCUUGACCCUGCUGUGGUAACAAAGGGCCAGUUGCCUAUUAACCAAGAAAGAAGGGUGCGAGUGAGGGUGGCGAGUGGGGAACAACUCUUAAGUGAAGGGGAGAGUGUGCAAACCAGAUUUAAUAUCCAGGGUAUCAGUUUUGUGGAUAACAUGCAUGUGUUGGUGUUGGCGGGGUGCGACAUGGUGCUCGGCAUCCAAUGGUUGAGGGGCUUGGGUUCUAUUCUCUGGAAUUUUGAAAGCCUCAUAAUGAAAUUCACUUAUCAGAAUAAGGAGGUGGAAAUUAAAGGCUUGGCAGCAUCACAACUCAUUGAAGAGGGGGAUGGCAGUAAAAAGCAUAAGCUGGAAACAAGGGGGGUCCUACUACAAUUGCUCCAAGAACCUGAACCGUAUGGUGCUUUACAAGAAAAAGGGUUGCUCCAAGAUGUGUUACAAGCCUAUGCCGAUGUUUUUUCUGAUCCUAAGGGAUUACCCCCCCCCCCCCCCCCUAGAUCUCAUAACCAUGCAAUCCCAUUGCUGCCACAUACCGGUCCAGUCUCAGUUAGGCCAUACAGCUAUCUUUAUUUUCAAAAGGAUGAAAUUAAGAAGAUAGUGAAGGAGCUACUCAUCUCAGGGGUGAUACGCCCAAGUCAAAGCCCCUUCUCCUCACCCGUGCUGCUGGUCAGAAAAGCAGACGGGACCUGGCGCAUGUGUGUCGACUACAGGGCACUAAAUCAGGUCACAAUCAAAGAUAAAUUUCCUAUUCCAGUAGUUGAGGAACUUAUGGAUGAACUACAUGGGUCAAAUUUUUUUUCUAAGCUGGACUUGCAUUCUGGAUACCACCAGAUUCGCGUGAGGCCUGAAGAUGUGCCCAAAACAGCUUUUCGUACACGAGGGGCACUACGAAUUUUUAGUUAUGCCCUUUGGACUAACUGA